AUGUUCGUCUCGCGCGUGCUCCGAAUGGCUGCGACUAAAACGUCCACGGGCCUCGUGGGUCUAAACGUGAACCCAAACGCUCGUCGAGAUCUGAUCCAGAUCUACCGCCGGACGCUGGAGGAGGUCAAGAUUCUCCCGCCGGAAGCUAAGAACUACCGCAAUGCUGUGGAGCAGAUCACGAACUUUCGACUGAAUGUCGUGGAGAAGAACGAGGACGAAAACGUCAUUGAACGGACGAUCAAUUGCGGACAACUUGAGGAGCUGAUUGAGCAGGCAGAGGACGAGCUGAGUGUCAUUCCUGUGUACAUUGAGCACAAGCUGUGGGAGAGUCCAGUGGAGGCUGCUAAGUGA